AAAUCAUCUUCCCGUGCAAAACUGAAAACAGAUGAGAAGAAACCUGUUCUUCCCUCUCUGAUUCGAAAAUGACUUGGAAGCGGUAUCAGCAGGCUCAAGCAGGUUACGCAGCGGCGAAAUCGUUGAACGCCCAGAAGUUCUUGAAGAAAAUAGGGUGCGGCAAGGAGGACUACCACUUCUGGAAACAAAUCGGCAAGGCUUUACUAUGCACCUACACGCUGGGUGGAGUUGCUUGGCUCUACAAUGAGAAAUCGCCGCUGGGAUGGUGGACGCUGAAGCCUCGUCCCAAGGAAGAGAGAGAGCUGGCUCACUUGUACGAGCGGCGAGAGUUUCCAUACCCGGGAGACGAAGAAGCAAUGGAAGAGUUUGUGGCAAAGGGUGGCAUGAUCGGCACGACAAUUGGUCCCAAAGGGUUUGUUGAGACGGAUAAAGACGCGCUCAACUAUCAGAAGGAGCUGCAGAACAAGAAGUUUGAGCAGGAAGCGCAGAAGCUGUGGAUGAGGAUGAGGAAUGAGGUCCUUUCGGAGCUUCAAGAGAAAGGCUACGAUGUUGAGUGAAUUAGUGUAUGCUUUCCAGUGAUCUGGGUUGUUGUCUGUUGAUAAUAAUAAUCGGAAUUGUGGAACAAACUGGCAUGAUAUGUUAUGAUGUUUUCGAAGUUUUUGAUUCAAUGAACUGAAAUGUUCACUUUUCAGCUCACAAAACUUGGCCUUCUAAGUUUUGGUUGAAAGGGGUUAGGAACUCGGAAAAGCUCGCCGGGAAUGUUUCUGAUACAAAGAAUGUAGUGAAAGUUGCGACAAUCUACUUGGGUUGUGUUUAAA